GAGUUCAAAUGCAGAGCUGCGCUCCUGGAGAGAAAGACUGCUCAACCGUCUCCUCACUCCUGAAGCUGGCAGCCAAGAGAGGAGUGCCAGAGGACGAUGUGAGAUGCCAGGAGAGAAGAGAAGAGGAAUAUUUAGUGCAUUUGUGAUUGAAUUCACAGCUCAGAUGUAAAGUUACUGUUUUUGACCAUCUCUAAAACUCGAAGAUUAUCACACGAAGACUCGUGUGGAAACUGGAAGACAGCCUCCUAUUAUUUUCAAGUGUCCUGGGAAAAUACUAACGAUCUGCAGCUGUCUGCAAAAGUUUUCCCCUCGUCCGCAUCCGGAUUCCUGCAGAGGGACCGUCACAGUCCCACUCCGACCCGGCCCACAAAGCACGUUUGCAAAUAUCUCGACAGUUAUCACACAGGGAGCCACGGCAUCACACGCCGGCCAUGUGAAUUAAAAAAACAUUUUUAAAAAGGGAAUAUAAAAGAAAGAAGUGCGCGCUCUCGGCGGAGCGCAGCAUCAUCACUAGCAUCCGAUGCGCGUCCCCGCUGCGGUAGAGGCUGCCCGAGAUCCCGGGAAGAGGAGUUGGAGCUGCGCUAGUUAAAGUUGGCCUAAAGGGGGUUGAGAGGAUGCUGCAGAACAAUCUACGAUCCAAUUAACGUAGCCUGUGCGGAGAAACGUGUCCUAAGUGAAGGAUGACUUGCAAAAUACUGAGCAUAUGCCUCUUAUUUUUGGGUUUUCAACAUUGCUCAUCACAUGAAUGUGUUGAUCCGCUCAUCUCCGGGCUCUAUGCCUCCUCCUUCCUGGCCUCCUCCAGAUAUAACUUUCUUUACUCAGCCAAUUUUGCCAAAUUGUAUGGCAGCAGCGGAUGGUCCCCGUCUGCCCGGGACAAACAGCCAUGGCUGCAGAUAGACCUGGGCAGGAAGUAUCGACUGCGGGCCAUCGCCACCCAGGGCACCUUCAACUCAUAUGACUGGGUUACCAAGUACACCCUGCUGUACGGAGACCGACCGGACUCCUGGACGCCAUACAUCAUGAAAGGAGGAAACUCUACGCUGCCUGGGAACUGGAAUUAUUAUCAGGUGAAGAGGAAUGUCUUCCAUUACGCCUUUACUGCCAAACACAUCCGUCUGCUUCCUCUGGCGUGGAACACAGAGAACGGAGGGAAGAUCGGUGUGAGGCUGGAGCUGUUUGGCUGCUCUUAUGAUUCCUAUGUGCUACAGUACAAUGGUGACGACUCAGUGGUGUACACGUUCCCGGAAAAGAGAUCCCGUACACUUCAGGAUCAUAUCGCCAUAAACUUCAAGACUCUGGAGCAGGAUGGCUUGCUGCUGCACAGUGAGGGGAUCCAAGGAGAUCUCUUCACCCUGGAGCUCAAGCGAGGCCGUCUUUACCUGCACAUCAGCCUAGGAAGCAGUAUAAUACACAAGGUUGAUGGUCGAAUCACACUGACUGCUGGCAGCCUUCUCGAUAAUCUACACUGGCACUAUGUCACCAUCAAGCGCUUUGGGCGACAGGUGAACUUCACAGUGGACAGUCAGACUGUGACGGGCAUCUGCAAGGGAGAGUUCACACAUCUGGAUCUGGAUACGCAGUUAUAUGUUGGAGGUGUCAUAGAGCAAAAUUUGCCUCACCUGCCCACCACACCAAAUUUCCGGGGCUGCCUUGAAAACGUCUUUAUCAAUGGCAUCAACAUCAUCAACAUGGCUCAGAGAGAAGAGCCUGAAAUCCGCAUCCCACGAAAGAAAAAGAUGCACUAUGCCUGCAGAGACAUUCUGCUCAAACCGAUGACUUUCGCCGGGCCCAACAACUACCUGCAGGUCCCGGGCUUCUUCAGGAAGCCUCGUAUGUUUGUCAAGUUCAAGUUCCGCUCGUGGGACUACACGGGGCUGCUGAUGUUCACGCGGUUUGCGGAUGACCUGGGCGCCCUUGAGCUGGGCCUGAGUGAGGGACAGAUCAACGUCACUAUAUUCCAGCCCGGCAAGAAGAAACUCCAGUUUGCUGCAGGAUACAGGCUAAAUGACGGCUACUGGCAUUCAGUGGACUUGGCAGCCAGAGACAACCUGCUGACACUCACGAUUGAUGAGGAGGAGGGGUCCCCGCUGAAGAUCACCAACCCUUUCACAAUUCGGACGGGAGACCGCUACUUUUUCGGAGGUUGUCCAAAAACCAAUAACACUAUUCAGAAGUGCGAGACCAAGCUGAACCGCUUCCAUGGUUGCAUGCAGCAUAUAUUCAUAGACAAUGAACAGCUUGAUAUCGAUAUCAUUCUGCAGCGACAGUGGGGCCGCUAUGCUGAGCUGUUGUUGGGCACAUGUGGCAUCACUGACAGAUGUUCUCCAAAUCCAUGUGAACAUGAAGGCAGAUGCAUCCAGUCCUGGGAUGACUUUAUCUGUCUGUGUGAAAACACGGGCUAUAAAGGAGAAGUGUGUCACAUGUCGGUUUAUAAAGAAUCGUGUGAAGCAUACAGACUCAGUGGAAAGUACUGGUCUGGAAACUACACCAUCGAUCCUGAUCUCAGUGGACCGCUGAAGCCGUUCGAGGUGUACUGCAAAAUGAAGUCAUACAAAGCUUGGACAGUGAUUUCGCAUGACCGAAUGGAUGGCACCAAGGUGACUGGGAGUUCAAUAGACCGGCCCUAUAUUGGAGAUGUCAACUACUGGAACGCCUCCUGGGAUGAAGUCUCUGCCCUCGCUAACACUUCCAUCUACUGUGAGCAGUGGAUCGACUACUCCUGCUACAAGUCCCGUCUUCUCAACACACCCAAUGGAAGACCUUUUGGUUACUGGAUUGGUCGUGACAAUAUUAGUCACUAUUACUGGGGUGGAACAUUCAGAGAGGUCCAGAAGUGCGGCUGCGCCAUCAACCAAACCUGCACCGACCCCAAGUUUCAGUGCAACUGCGAUGCUGACUAUCGACAAUGGUACACAGAUAAAGGCUACUUGGACUUCAGAGACCAUCUGCCUGUGAGGAGGGUGGUGGUCGGGGACACCAACAGGACCGGCUCAGAGGCACAGUUCACCAUUGGGCCCCUUCGCUGCCACGGCGACAGAAACAUCUGGAACACCAUUGCCUUCGUCAAGCCCACCUACAUAACCUUCCCCACCUUCAGGCCUGGCUCCAGUGCUGACAUCUCAUUCCACUUCAAAACCUAUCGAGACCAUGGCGUCUUCUUGGAGAACUCUGAUGAUCAACUUCGAAAUUUCAUACGGAUAGAGCUGAAUACCACCCAUAACCUUGUGUUUCUAUUUAUGGUCGGUGAUGGCAUCAUCAAUGCGACGCUGAAAUCCCCUGUGCCGCUCAAUGACAAUGAGUGGCACUUUGUUCAAGCCGAAAUUAAUGUAAAACUGGCCCGGAUCAAAGUUGAUUAUCAGCCUUGGGCUGUUACGCGUUUCCCAGGUCAGACCUUUGUCACCAUGCAGUUUACACAUCCUCUCCUAGUAGGUGCCGCAAACCGCACACUGAGACCAUUCUUGGGUUGUCUUCGAGGGUUACGAAUGAACGGUGUUCCUCUUGAUCUGGAGGGAAAAGUAAAUGAAGAACAGGGUAUAAGAAGGAACUGCACUGGACAGUGUCUCAAUGCUACCAUACCAUGUCGAAACGACGGCCAGUGCAUAGAGGGCUACGCUUCCUACACUUGUGACUGUAACAACACAGCUUUUGAUGGCUUCUACUGCCAUAAAGACAUCGGUGCUUACUUUGAGAUUGGCUCCUGGCUGAGAUACAACAUACGAAAGAAGCCUAUAUCAGACGAAGCGGCGUGGGCCAACUGGAUCGACCCGCACUACGACAACUUCAGCCUCGGCUACAACGACACAGCGGAUGACAUAGAGUUCAGCUUCAGCACGGUUCACACGCCAGCCGUGUUGCUCUACAUCAGCUCCUUUGUCCAAGACUACAUCGCUGUCAUCCUCAAGACUGACGGAAGUGUGGAUCUGCGGUAUAAACUGGGGCUCAUAACACACAAGUACCAGCUGACGCACCGGAACCUGGCAGAUGGAUACCCCCACUAUAUCAACAUAACCAGACACAACAGAACCAUCAAAACACAGGUGGAUUACAUGGAGCCUAUCGUGGAAAAGAUAACCUUGGUGGAGGAUGCCAGAUUUGAUUCUCCAAAAUCCAUGUUCUUGGGCAGAGUGAUGGAGGUCGGUGACAUCGACUAUGACAUCCAGAGGCACAACGCUCCAGGCUUCAUCGGCUGCAUAUCCGGGGUGAGAUACAACGUCUACGCUCCUUUAAAGGCCUUCUUCCGCCCGAACGAAACGGACCCUCCGGUGACGACACAAGGCUACGUCUCUGAGUCCAACUGUGGCGCCUUCCCUCCUCUCCUGGGUUACGUACCGUGGGAGGUAGACCCGUGGUUUACUGGCAUAGAGUAUUUUUAUAUCCAUGAUGACCUAGGACUAUUUUGGAUAACAGUCAUUGUCAUCCUGGCGCUGCUGCUGCUCUUCGGAGGUCUGUACAGCAUCUAUGUGUACGCGUAUCAGCAAAAGGGCAGCUACCGCACCAACGAGCCCAAGAACCUGGAGUCGCCGAGCAGCGCCAGGCCGCUGACCGAGACCCUGAGGAGAGAAAAGAAGAACCUCCCAGAAAUUGAAGAGGAGUUCAGGAGCGACUAGCAUCACAGGACUUUGGGGCAGCGGGUGGGGUAUGACUGAGGGUUGGGGAGGGGGUUAAAACACUUACAACAACCACAGAUACCUGUUGUUAAGUUUUUCUAAUUCUUUUUUUUUUUUUUUUUUCACAUUUUGGUUUGCGUUUCUUUCUCCGCUUGAGAUUGGAUCCGAUGCCCGGUGCUCAACAUAGUCCGUAUUUUGGUAAAAGGGUUUAAAGUUCACAUCGAUCCCCAUGUUGCGUGAGUAGCCAACAAGUCUCACACUGUAAUGCAGGGUGAAAUACUGAAGUGCCUCAUCUGAGCAAGCUUGACCUGAGGGAACCAUAACAGCUUAUUCAGAUAGGGUUUAGAUUAGACAGGGCGGGGAGAGGAUUUUAAGGGAUGUUUAAUUCUAGCUGGAACGUCAGUUUCAAGUAUUCAGAAUUUUUAUUGAUUGAUUUUGUUUUCCUGAGCCAUUUUUGAGACCGACUGAAGCUACCAAUAUCCUACUGUAUAGAUUUAUUGCCAUCUAGAACAUACCUUUUGAUGACAGUCUCUCAUGGAGCUAACUUUUGACACAAUCGCCCAGAGCACAUCUGAGAAAACGCAAAACCAGUGCGACCCAAAUCCAGAGCGACGAAGCAAAACUGGUGUUCAUGAUUAAAAACAACCAACAGACGAGAGAACAAGCAUGGAGCUUUGAGAUGUUAAGCUUUGAGACGACGCAUAUAAAGAUUGUAAAAGGUAUAUACCCUUAUAUUUGUUGUAUUGCAGCCUAUAACAGUGCAUUACCUAUACAGAAUGGCACAUGUAAGUGGUUCAGAAUCGCCAUAGUGUCAGUAGAUAGCUUUGCCGAUCACAGUACGCUCAGAUUCCCUUCACUCUCUCAGCUACGGGGGAAAUGAGAGUGUGAUGAUUAUGUACCUCGUAAGUGUGAGAGCAAACAGGCUGUCGGUGUGCUGCGGAAUUAAAAACAAAAGUUGAGGUGAUGAAGCUCGCUGAGGGACAGGAAGACCUGAAGUUUUUUCCACGUUCUCAUCCCUUCUGUCUUACUUCUGGUUGCUUAUAUAGAUACAUAUAUAUAUAUACAUAUAUUACGGUCCAGCUGCCAACAGCUCGGUGCUACAGUGUGUCUGACCCAGCAGACAUCUUCCAGCGACGGUAUCACAGAAAUUUCAGCCUUCUCACGAUCCUUCCAUCCUCAGUAAUAAGCAUCUUUCAGGAAACAGCUGCUCCCGAACGGCCAUGUGGAGAAGCAUACAAACACACAUGUGUGCGCGCACACACACACACACACACACACACACAAUAACAUAUGUACAGAGGACCACAAGAGUGUAAAAUGCUAAUCUUUUACUUCCAACUCAUAUUGCUCGAAAAUAUUUUUGCAUAAUGCUGUAGGACAGUAGCCGACCACGCUGUCACCGCUGCUGCUGCUUGUUUAGCCGCUUUCAGUGGAAAGUUUAAAAAAAAAAAAACUCCACCCGUAGUCCGAUGACAUUUCCUCCUCUGGAAAGGACGAAGUUUCGUUCGACGUGUGGUGCAACCAAAGCUUAGAGCUUCCAUCACUCACCUUGACACUAAAGCACUAUUGUGUAUGUGGAAAAAAUAGGAAAAAAGUGAAACAUUUCUCACAUAUUAGCUAUGCAUUUGUAGAGCAUGAGCGCACUUUGCAGUAACAUGCAAUAAUACAAGCUUUUUUCUCAGCCACCAAUAACGUUUAUGUCUCGGUUUAAUUUGCAGGUGCACAAUAAUAGCGAGUAGGAUGUAACGAGUGUAUACGUGAAUAUACGAAUAAUGUGUUAAGCGACUUUUUUUUCCAUUAAUUCCUAUGGUUUAUAUGAAACAAUUUAAAAAAACAGUUGAAUGGAGUAUUUUGAAUGUAAAUCCUCUGACUCUGUAAUGUAUGAGCGGACCCCACAGCGAGGGCCGAGGGUCUCGCUGCGGGCCGCUCAGCUCUGAACGUAAAAUCACUCAAGGUAGCUUUUAAGAACGCUCAGGAUAAAGAAACGUACAGCCCCUGUUCUGUCUGUAGCACUGAAAAGACCUCUAAACUCAACAUGUUGUUGGUUUCUUCCAUUACAGAUGGGCAGAACUGUGCGACACUGUACAGUGAAAGGAUGUACAGAUGAUGUAAAAAAAACAACUUGAUAAUAAUGUAUGAAAAUGUACAGAUUCGGCCAAAACUAUAUUUUUAAGACUGCUGUGAGGAGAUGAAUGGUGAUGAAGAGUGAGCAAGCAGAGUGAAACUGUUGGUUUGUGAUCGACAGAAAGAGUUGUUUGUGUUUUUCUGUUAAACGGACAAUCACCACUCAAAGUUCAUAUUAGGCGCAAGCCAACAAACUUGGGUCAAAUAUGCUUUGUUGCCUAUUAGGAAAGAGUCGACUUAUGUAUUAUAUAAAUGUAUACACCUCACUGUACUCACUGGUAAAUGGACUAUAAACACUCGACGCCUAGCAUCGUCACUUCAUUGCCACUCACCGUAGUUAAUCAUGCGUGGUCCCUGGAGCGUGUGUAUGUGUGACUGACUGGUUGUUUUGAUGUUUGUGUAUUCCUAGUUUGCCCACCCAGAUACAACCAGCAGACGUUAAAGAAUGACUCAUUAAAAACACAAAACCUGUGCACCGAUGCCAACUCACCUGUCGUAGUGCACCAACAGUAGCACAGCGAGACAGAAGCAAAGGCCUGGAUGAAGCUUCGAGUGCUCAGGCAUCAACAUGUCUGCGAGGGACAAGACAGGCGCACUGCAUCUGUGCUGAGCUACUCCCAAAGUGUCCAUCCUGCAUUCUAAUGAUGAAGGCGAGGGAGUGAAUAAAAGGGAUUAAGAUGAAAUGACCAGUAGAGGGAGUAGGUCAGCAGGUUGUUGUUGGCUCAGGCAGGGUAUCUGCAGAUUUCACACACAGUGAGAUGUUUAAAGUGCUCAUCUUGACAUCAGAAUGAGUUAAUAAUGAAAAAACUAAAUGAAACAAAAACGCUAGCCUGAAUUAAGACUUUUUCACUCAUCAUAUGAAUCUGCAGCUACCCUGUCAACAGGGAUAUCAUGUAUCAAAUCAGACGUUAAAGCACCAGGAGUGAGGAGUAGGCAGGUUACACCAGGUUAGACUUCUCUGCACCGUCAAACUGAAUCCUUCUGCAACGAGUACCAGAAACGAUCAUUACAGUUGUGUUUGUGAUCACACUGAAAUUUAGGAUUUCUUCUGUUCUUCUGUACGCUCGAUUUUUGUUAGUAAAACUCUCACUGUAAAUGACCAUUACUGUGUAAAUCAAGGCCAAACUGUCACCUCAAUAAAAGAAGCUUGAAGGAAAA